AUGGCGGCGCCGAGAAGCCCCCCGCGGGUGCGGGUGCGGGCGCGGGAGCGGGAGGGUCCUCGCGCCCCAACGGCAGGAAGUGACCAGGUUCACUCCUGGACGCUGGUCACCAGCCAAGCCUUGGAUACUGCGUGGAAGGUAGCCAGGGGCUCAGUGACGCUGGCGGUAGCAUUCCUGGUGGCUGCCCUCUGCUACGUGAGGAGGAUGCACUCCUAUUUAGGGCGCCGGCUGAAAUGGUGGAUUGGAUAUCUGCAGAGAAAGUUCAAAAGGAACCUCAGCGUGGAGGCGGAGGUCGAUCUCCUUAGUUACUCUGCGAGAGAAUGGAAGGGAGAGACGCCGCGUGCCAAGCUGAUGCGGAAGGCUUACGAGGAGCUGUUUUGGAGGCAUCACAUCAAAUGUGUCCGACAAGUAAAGAGAGACAACUAUGACGCACUGAGGUCAGUGUUGUUUCAGAUAUUCAGCCAGGGCCUCUCCUUUCCAUCGUGGAUGAAAGAAAAAGACAUUGUGAAGCUUCCUGAAAAACUGCUCUUUUCACAAGGUUGUAAUUGGAUCCAGCAAUACAGUUUUGGUCCUGAGAAGUAUACAGGUUCCAAUGUGUUUGGAAAGUUACGUAAAUGUGUGGAAUUAUUGAAAACGCAGUGGACUGAAUUUAGUGGAAUUAAAGAUUAUCACAAGAGAGGAAGUAUGUGCAACAUCCUCUUUUCUGAUGCGAUUCUGGAAUAUAAACUUUACGAAGCUCUAAAGUUCAUCAUGCUCUAUCAAGUCACUGAAGUUUAUGAGCAAAUGAAGACUCAGAAAGUCAUUCCCGGUCUUUUUCGGCUCCUGUUUUCCCGGGAAACAUCCUCUGACCCUUUGAGCUUCAUGAUGAACCACCUGAAUUCUGUGGGCGACACAUGUGGACUGGAGCAGAUCGAUAUGUUUAUUCUUGGACACUCCCUUGAAAUAAAGAUAAAAGUGUUCAGACUGUUCAAGUUUAACUCCAGAGACUUUGAGGUCUGCUACCCAGACUUGCCGUUCAGGGAGUGGCCCGAGAUCUCCCUGCUGACGGAGAAUGACCGCCACUAUCACAUUCCUGUCUUUUAAGUCUGGCGUGGGCUGGGCACCGGCCCUCGCCGUUCACAGCGGUC